AUGCCCCCCCAAAAAAAUGGGUUAAAAAGACCCGCCACCGCCCUAGAAGAUUACCAGUAUGAUAAUCGCACCUCUGUUGGCAAGAGGGUCAAAUUCCAGCCCGGUUUUCCUGUCUCUCAUGAGAUAGUCGAUGAUGUCAAGGGUGGGUUUAGCCCUACUGCUGACGGGUGGUGUGGUUUUCGGAUCCUUGCCCACUUGAUCUACAAAGAUCAAAAUAAGUUUCCACUUGUAAAAAGGGAUAUGCUAGCCGCCCUGCCAAAAUACAAAACAUUGUACACAAAUACCUUCGGCACUGACACAAGACAACUAGAAAAAAUCAUUCAACAUGGCUCUCAACUCGAUUAUAGCAACACCAGCAACACAAACACCAACUCCAACACCAACUUCAUCCCAGUAUGUUCAGAUGCCAGUAUGUGGUUUAACACACCCGACUGUGCUCAACUAGCUGCGGACACAUAUACACGACCAGUCUGCGUCUACUCAGACAACCGCAACACCCCCUCAACAACCUUUCUCCCAUUUGCCCUUCCCAACAACAAAACCAAACAACGACAACCUCUGAUUUUUAAUCAUGUUAACAGUAAUCACUGGACAACAGUUGACCUUUCCCCUAGACAAUCUUUUUUAAAUCUUUAUAAAUCUUAUCAAUUUGUUUCUUUGCAUCAACAUAAGCUAUCUAUCACUUGUGGGUUAAAUGACUCUCCGCUCUGUUUUUUCCUAGAGAUCAUUCGUGGGAAGUACUUUACCCUUCGAGUUACACUUAUAACCAGCGAAUUAAAACCAUAA